CACUGUGAUCUGUGCACUGUGAAUGUUUUUAUUCAGAUUUCAGAUAAAAAUAUAACAUAAAACAAAAGUUGUUUAAAUAAAAUGAAUAAAAUAUAAUUUUGUGUACAAUAUAAAGAGCUGCAGAUACAUAAAUUAAAUUAUUAAUGGAUAACAUGUCGACCGGCAAAAUAGAUAUAAUAUGGUCACCAGUACACCACGACAAAUUCAUUGUUUGGGGUCAAGAUAUAACCCUUUAUGAGGAGGCACGAAUUAAAGAUAUAGAAAAGAAAACAUAUACACCAAUCUCAUCAACUCGGGGAGCUGUUGUAGUCGCAACUCACAAUGCAAAUGGUGUGAGAUGUGUGGAUGUCAGUGCUAUCACCGACCAGCCAGACCCUAUCCUUGCACUCGGCCAUGCCAAUGGAAAGAUUCUGUUGACCAGCCUCAAACAGGCGUACGAUCCGUUAGGCCUUGUUGGCAGAGAGUUUUCGGCGCGAUACCCGCGCGCGUGCAACACGCUAGCAUGGAGCCACAUGGAUCCACACCUACUGGCAGUGGGCAUGGACAAGCACCGCUCUGACAGCUGCAUCCUGCUGUGGGACAUGCAGACAUGUGGCACUGAGGAGUUCAAUGGAGAGAGUUCGUCCCCGCCGACGGGCGAGACGUCCCGGCCGGUGGUGGAGCUGUGCGCGGGCGAGGCUGCGCACGCGGUCGCGUGGUGCGGGUUCGCGCCGCGCACAUUACUAGCUUCUAUGAACUUGAAGCAUAUCAAGAUAUUUGAUUUAAGAGAGCCCGGUGGCAAAGCGGCUGGCACAGCCGCGACGCGGCAGUGCCUGGGCGUGUGCGCGGAGGCGCAGGGCUACCAGCUGGCGUCGCGCGGCGACAGCGCCGUGUGCGUGUGGGACGCGCGCGCGCUCGCGGCGCCGCUGCUCACGCUGCCGCAGCCGCGCCCGCUGCGCAAGAUCCAGUGGUGCCCCACCAGGCGCAACUUGUUACUAUCCCUGCAGCGCGACUCAAAUACGCUCCGGCUGCACGACAUUCAACAGGCUAAUGAUUACAAAUCACAACAAAGUUUCGACAGUGCUUCGUCCGCGUCGAGCGCGCUGGAGGAGAGCGAGGGUGGUGCGGGCGCGGGGGCGGGCGGCGGGCGCAGCGCGGUGGAGCGCGACGUGGCGCCGGCCGCGCAGCCGCUGCUCGCCUUCGCCUGCCACCCGGACCACCGCGCGCGGCUCAUCGCACUCACGGCUACGGGUAGCAUGGUGGAGUACCGCAUCAGCGAGCGCGUGACGGUGUCGUGGGGUGCAAGUGGAGCGCUGGCGUGGGCGGGCGGUGGAGCCCUGCGCGCGCUUCGCCCUAAAACGCGCAAUCAGGGCACUGACCUAUCGGACCUCAUGAAACGCCGCGCUACUACUGAUUAUGGCCUUAAGGCGGAUCUGUGGCAGAACGCGGAGCUGGCGGAAGAUGAGGCGUUGAGUGGUCUCUGGCAUUUUCUAGCGCUUAGCAAAUCGCUCGUUGAAGAUGGCUGCAUCCGCAACAGCCCGUGGAAGCACCCGGGCGUGCGCACGGUGCUGCGUGGCGGUGGGGGUGCGGGGGGUGCGGGGGGCGCGGAGUACCGCUCGGAGGCCGUGCCGUCGCUGCUGGCCGACGUGGCCAGCCGCAAGGUGGUGGUGUUCCGCAGCGCCGAGCGCACGCGCGCGCUGCAGCUGUGCGGCUGGGGCUGGGGCUGGGAGAACGCGGCGGCCGGCGUGGAGCGCGCCGAGGCGGAGGGCACGCCGUGCCGCGCCGCCGCGCUGGCCGCCUUCCACCUGCGCGCGCGCACCGCGCUCGACGUGCUGGCGCGCGCGCGCGAGCCGCGCCUGCGCGUGGCGGCGCUGGCGCUGCUGGCCGCGCCCGCGCCGCCCGACGAGCGCCUGGCGCGCGCCGCCCUGCAGGCCGCGGCGCCCGCGCUGCCCGACGCGUACCUGCGCGCGCUGCUGCACUUCCUGGCCGCGGCCGCCGCGCCCGCGCCCGACUUCGCGCCCGUGCUGGCCGAGACCGGCAUGCGGCUGGAGGACCGCGUGGCCUUCGCCUGCGUGUACCUGUCCGACGCGCGCCUGCACGACUACGUGCUGGCCACCGCCGACCUGCUGCUGCAGCAGGGCGACCUCGCCGGCGUCCUGCUCACCGGCAUCAGCCCCGAGGGCAUAUCGCUAGUGCAGCGCUGGCUGGAGAAGUCGGGCGACGUGCAGUCUGCGGCGCUGCUGGCGGCGCGCUGCUGCCCGCCCGACCUGCUGCGGGACCCACACGUCACCAACUGGCUUGAUAGCUACCGCUCGCUGCUGGACAGCUGGCAGCUGUGGUGGGCCCGGUGCGCACUGGACACGUGGGUGUACGCGGCCCUGGGGGAGGGGGGCGGUGCGGGGGCGGGCGCGGGGGCGGGGGGCAGUGGCCCGGACGCGCGGCGCGUGGGCGUGGCCUGCACGUACUGCGGCAAGUCGGUGGCGGCGGCGGCGUCCGCGCGGCCCCGCCCCGCCUUCGCCCGCCUGCCGCCGCCCGCCGCUAAGAUGAAGCAGACCUCCUCGUGCCCGAACUGCCGCAAGCCCCUCCCCCGCUGCGGCGUGUGCUCCCUGCACUUGGGUACAAGCGCAGUGGGCGGCACGGGGGCGGGCGGGGCGGGGGCGGCGGCGGGGGGCGGAGGGGCGGGCGGGGCCACAGGGGCAGUGGGCGGCGCGCACUUCGCCGGCUGGUUCAGCUGGUGCGUGGCGUGCCGGCACGGGGGACAUGCCGCACAUCUGCUCGACUGGUUCAGCAACCACACGGAGUGUCCGGUGAGCUCGUGCUCGUGCCGCUGCAGUUCCCUCGACCCGCCCGACCGAGACAACAUGGAGAUCUAGCGGGACACACAUACACUCACACGUAGAGUUAACACACGUUUGGAUACAAACACUCAAACACAAAGAGGCACGUAGAUAUAUAGAUAAGUGGACACAAGGCUACACAGAAACUUAGAGGUACAUCGCUAGAACCAAAUGCGAACUGACACAUAGCCACACGGCGACAGACAUACACUGGAUAUACCGCCACGAAUAGACACAGGGUACACCGCCACGAACAGACACAUAGGGUACACCUCCACAAACAGACACAUAGGGUACACCUCCACGAACAGACACAUAGGGUACACCUCCACGAACAGACACAUAGGGUACACCUCCACGAACAGACACAGGGUACACCGCCACGAACAGACACAUUGGGUACACCUCCACGAACAGACACAGGGUACACCGCCACGAACAGACACAUUGGGUACACAGCCACAACCAGAUAAACGAACUCAGAAUUAUUUAUAUAGGCAAAAGACACAUAUUGUGGGUACACUAAACAUUAUUGUCAUUUGUAUAAACCCAAAUGUAUCUGCAUAAUAUCUGAUACGUUAGAAUAACGCAUGUAUAUAUGGUUGUGGUUUUUAGGGUGCAAAUAUUAUAAACAAGUUAAAAUUCUAUUUCGUACUGUAUCGCGCGUCAACUUUCUAUAAGUUAUGUCUUAUAAACUUAAGUGCCCUUAAACUUUGUGUACUCAUCAUAUACUCUGAACAUAACGUUCUAGACAUAAUAAUUUGAAAUAUAUUUAUGCACCUAAUGCGAUCUCUAGCUUAUUCUUAGCUUAACGUUCAUUGUAGAAACAGACUGAUAUGAUUUUAGAUUUUUUAUGCAGAAUUAGAAAUAUUUAGCAUUUGUUAGAACAAUUUGCAAGUUGGCGGUCAACUUUGAAGAUUGAUGUUUAUUUUACUUUAGAAUCACCUCGCCUUUUUGUAUUCUUAGACGUUGUUUCUCUUAAAUAUUGGUGCUUACAGUUUUAAUAUGAAAUCAUGUACAUAAAGAAAUGUUUUUAUGUGUCAAAUGCUUUUAUGAAUAUAUUUUAAGAUUAAAUCGUAUUCUGGAUGAAUACAUUAUGCUAAGCUUAUAUUAUUGCUGUAUUAGAGCAACUUUUGUAAUAUAUUGGUGUAAUUUUAAUAAAAAAGAGGAGGAAGAAAUAAAUAUUUUUGUAUAAUUUCAAUUAUUAUGUAUCAUAAGUUACUGUAAUUGUGUUCAUCUGUUUAGUCAUGUGUGUUAUUUUGUUAUGUUAAAAUAAAUUCAUUUUUCUGAA